GCCGGCCACAGCUAGCUUUCCCUUCUGGCCCCUUUCCGUCACCAAUCGAGGUGCCCACUCCGACCCGACAGUCAGCCAAUCGGGAGGGCGAUAGCAUCCCGCCUUUGCUUUCGUUCGUGGAGGCACGUAUCAGUCGGAAUUUUGAGGUGCCAGCAGUGCCGCCCAUCUUUGGCAGAUCGCGGUGCCUUAAAGGAGAUAGCGGGACGCUUGUGUGUGAUCGACUUCAUCACCUCCAUGGUAGCUACGAUUUUUCAUAAUUGAAAAUAGCAAAUAAACCAAGAUGUCAAUGGAUCCAAUGACCUAUGAGGCCCAGUUCUUUGGCUUCACACCAGAGACUUGCAUGCUUAGGAUCUAUAUUGCAUUUCAAGAUUACCUAUUUGAAGUGAUGCAGGCUGUUGAACAGGUUAUUAUGAAGAAGCUGGAGGGAAUCCCAGACUGUGAUAUUAGCCCAGUCCAGAUUCGUAAAUGCACAGAGAAGUUUCUUUGCUUCAUGAAAGGACGUUUUGAUAAACUUUUUGGCAAAAUGGAGCAGCUGUUUUUGCAGUUGAUUUUGCGUAUUCCCCCAAAUAUCUUGCUUCCUGAAGACAAAUGUCAGGAGACGCAUCCUUAUAGUGAAGAAGAAUUCCAGCUUCUCCAAAAAGAAAUUGAAGAAUUACAGGAAAAGUAUAAGACUGAAUUAUGUACUAAGCAGGCCCUUCUUGCAGAAUUAGAAGAGCAAAAAAUUGUUCAAGCCAAACUCAAACAGACUUUGACUUUGUUUGAUGAGCUUGAAAAUGUUGGCAGAGAUCAUGGGACUAGUGAUUUUAGGGAGAGUUUGGUGUCCCUGGUCCAGAAAUGUAGGAAACUCCAGAACAUUAAAGACAAUGUGGAAAAGGAAAGCAAAAGACUGAAAAUAUCUUAAUUUCUCAGUAGCAAAAACAAAGAACCUGUAAAAAAGUAGUUUUCCUUUGUUCACUCUUUCUUAUGUUCCCCAUCUUUUUUGGUCCACUCUUCUCAAGUAGCUGUACUGCCUUGAACUAGUCUUUGAAGCAUCUGUUCAUUAGAGUUUUCUAAUAAGUAGAGAGAGAUUCUUGAUUCAAUAAUGGCUCAUUUGGGGGCAUGAUUGAAGAAGUAAAACUCAGCUGAAAAUAUAUAAUUGUACCUUGUUUAUAAGUCUUUGUGAUCCUGGUCCUUUUGGCUUAUUCUUUGGAUAAUACCAGGUGAGAAAAGGGUUAAGUGGGUGGCUUCUUUAUUAACCAGCCAUUAUACUAUGAAAUAGCCAGCAUAGGGUGCUGCUCUUGCCCAGUAACUUUGCUUUACAUGAAGAUGUUAUAACUGGUUGAAGAAGCAAGCAGCAAAAAAAAAAAAAAGACCCAUCUUUGAUCUUUGGUAAACAAGAAAGUUGUUUUUAUUUCUAUAAUAAAUCUCUCCUUUUAAAAAAUA